AUGCCUCUGUUCAAAGGCUCCUCCACCGCGCGGUUCGUCAAGAACGAUGCGCCCAAAUACACAAAACCGCCCGUGACCAACCCCAUGGUUACCGAAGCGGCGACGCGCCUCGACCUUGUCUCCAGGAUCGACCGUGUCGACAGCUUGAUGGGCUUUGACCGCUUCGACUCGGGGCCCGUGCGCACUGGCUGGCUCAUUAACAUGCACGCGACCACAGUACCAUCUGACAAGGUGCUUGCGGGGCUCUCAGCCGUCGACUACUACUUCCUCGACGUGGAGGGUGGCCUGUUCAAGACAACGCUCACGUACGACCCGUACUUCCUUGUGGCGUGCACACCCGGUAGCGAGGCAGACGUCGAGGAGAUGCUCAAGAAGCGGCUCGAGAGCUGCGUCAAAACCGUCGCCCGCGUUGCGAAAGAUGACUUGGCAAUGCCCAAUCACCUCAUGGGCCUCCGCUCGACGUUGCUUCAGCUCCUGUUCCACAACGUGACAGAUCUUCUCGAGGCGCGGCGACUGCUCGCGCCACUCGUGGCCGAAAACCGCGCACAGAAGGCUACUCGCGACGUGUACGCCGCCGUCAACGCAGGCUACGCGGACACACGUGAUGCGGCCGCAUGCAUCGAGGAUAUCCGCGAGUACGACGUACCGUACCACGUGCGAGUAGCGAUUGACAAGGGCAUCCGUGUGGGUAAAUGGUACGACGUACAAGCGGAACACGGUAUGGUUGCGCUUGCGGAACGCACAGACUUGAUGGCGUUCGCGGACCCGGUUGUGCUCGCGUUCGACAUUGAAACCACCAAGGCGCCGCUCAAGUUUCCAGAGGCCACCAUUGAUCAAAUAAUGAUGAUCUCGUACAUGAUAGACGGUGAGGGUUUCCUCAUCACCAACCGCGAAAUAAUUGCCGAGGACAUUGCCGAUUUUGAGUACACGCCGCGUCCCGAGUAUCCCGGGACCUUUGCGAUUUUCAACGAGGCCGACGAGAAGGCGCUCUUGGUCCGCUUUUUCGAGCACAUCCGUGAGGUGAUGCCCACGGUGAUUGCCACCUUCAACGGUGACUUCUUCGACUGGCCGUUUGUCGAGACGCGCGCGGCCAUCCACGGGCUCGACAUGUUCGAGGAGAUCGGGUUUGCUAAAGACUCCGAGAACGAGUACAAGUCGAAGUACUGCGUCCACAUGGACUGCUACCGCUGGGUGAAGCGUGAUUCGUACCUUCCACAGGGCUCCCAGGGCCUCAAGGCGGUGACGACGGCGAAGCUCGGCUACAACCCGAUCGAGCUUGAUCCCGAACUCAUGACACCGUAUGCAUAUGAAAAGCCGCAGCUUCUCUCGGAGUACUCCGUCUCUGACGCCGUUGCGACGUACUACCUCUACUACAAGUACGUCCACCCCUUCAUUUUCUCGCUCUGCACAAUCAUCCCGCUCAACCCGGAUGAGGUGUUGAGAAAAGGUACCGGUACGCUCUGCGAGAUGUUGCUCAUGGUCCAGGCGUAUGAGAAGAGCAUUCUUUUACCAAACAAGCACUCCGACCCGCUCGAGCGCUUCUACGAUGGGCAUUUGAUCGAGUCCGAGACCUACGUGGGUGGCCACGUGGAGUCGCUCGAGGCGGGGGUCUUCCGCAGUGACAUCUCUACCGACUUUAAGGUUGUGCCUGAGGCGGUUGAUGAGAUCUUGGGCGAUCUCCGCGCGGCGUUGCGAUUCUCGAUUGAGGUGGAGGAGAAGAAGAAGAUGGAGGACGUAACAAACUUCGAGGAAGUGUACGAGGAGGUUCGGGGGAAGCUCUCGGAGCUCAGGGAGAACCCCCACCGCCACGAAAACCCGUUAAUCUACCAUGUGGACGUGGCGUCGAUGUAUCCGAACAUCAUGACAACCAACCGUCUCCAGCCGGACUCCAUGAAGUUGGAGAAGGACUGUGCCGCUUGCGACUUCAACCGUCCCGGGAAGACGUGCGACCGCCGGCUUGCUUGGUCGUGGCGAGGCGAGUUCUACCCCGCGCAGCUGAAUGAGUACGGCAUGAUCAAGCGCGCGCUCCAGAACGAGACGUUUCCGGCAAAAAACGCGUGGCAGGCGCGACGGACGUUUGAGGAAUUGCCGUAUCCCGAGCAGGUGGCCCUCAUCAAACAGCGCUUGAGUGACUACUCCAGAAAGGUCUACCACCGCGUGAAGGUCACCGAAACCGUCCAGCGCGAGGCAAUCGUGUGCCAGAGGGAGAACCCGUUCUACGUCGAUACGGUGUCCGCCUUCAGAGAUCGGCGGUACGAGUUCAAGGGCCUAGCGAAGGUGUGGAAGGGCAAGGCGGCCAAGGUGGCUCGCGAUGACAAGCACGGCAAGGACGAGGCGAUGAAAAUGGUGGUGCUCUACGAUUCGCUUCAGCUUGCCCACAAGGUCAUUCUCAACUCAUUCUACGGGUACGUCAUGCGCAAGGGGUCGCGGUGGUACUCCAUGGAGAUGGCGGGGAUCACAUGCUUGACCGGAGCAACCAUCAUCCAGAUGGCGCGCCAGUUGGUUGAGCGGCUCGGGCGGCCGCUAGAGCUCGAUACGGAUGGGAUCUGGUGCAUCCUCCCAAGCUCGUUCCCCGAAAACGUCACUUUCACGUUAAAGAGCGGCAAGACGGUGGUGGUGUCGUACCCCUGCUCCAUGUUGAACUACCUUGUACACCAGAGGUUUACCAACCACCAGUACCAGGAGCUCGAGGACCCCGCCACGCGCACGUACAAGACCCACUCCGAUAACUCGAUCUUCUUCGAGGUGGAUGGGCCAUACAAGGCGAUGAUCCUCCCAACGUCCAAGGAGGAGGGUAAGGGGCUCAAGAAGCGGUACGCAGUGUUCAACGAUGACGGGUCCAUUGCUGAGCUCAAGGGGUUUGAGAUCAAGCGGAGGGGCGAACUCCAGUUGAUCAAGAACUUCCAGGGGGACAUUUUCAAGUUGUUUUUGGACGGCGACUCGCUUGAGUCGUGCUACGCGAGUGUUGCCAACGUAGCGAACCGCUGGUUGGACGUGUUAGACACCAAGGGUGCCAUGCUCGAGGACGAGGACUUGAUCGAGUUGAUUUGCGAGAACCGGUCCAUGAGUAAGACCUUGGAGGAGUACGGCACGCAGAAGUCUACCUCCAUCACCACUGCCAAGCGGUUGGGCGAGUUCUUGGGCGAGGAGAUGGUCAAGGACAAAGGCUUGGCGUGUAAGUAUAUCAUCAGCUCCCGGCCUGCGAACGCGCCGGUCACCGAGCGCGCGAUUCCGGUGGCCAUUUUCCUGUCAGAGCUCGGGAUCAAGCGCACAUACCUCCGGCGCUGGCUCAAAAACCCGGGUUUGGACGAGUUUGAUCCGCGGGGCAUCAUCGACUGGGACUACUACCGCGAGAGACUCGCGUCGGUGGUGCAGAAGAUCAUCACAAUCCCCGCAGCGCUCCAGGGCGUGACGAACCCGGUCCCGAGGGUUCCGCAUCCAGACUGGCUUCAGAGGAAGAUCAAGCGGAGCGAAGACACCAAGAAGCAGAGCAGCAUUGGGGCGUUCUUUGAGAAGACCACCCAGGCCGAGGCCGCCGCCAUCCAGGACAUUGAAGACUUUGGAAGCUCCGAUCUCCCAACACCCAGGGUUGGCCAUGUCACACGCAAGCGCAGACCCGCUGAAACCGAGCCGGAGCCCGAGCUUGUCGGCCCAUGUCCCGACAUGACCAUCGACUACCCCGGCUUCCUCCAGUUUCAGAUGCAGAAGUGGAAGAGCCAACAGGCCGCCAAGGAACGCCGACGCCGCCUAUUUGGCCAGGGCGGUGAGGCGUCGCACCGUCUGACCAUUGGGAACCUCGUUCGUCGCCAGGCUGAGAGUCUCACCGGCUCGGUCUGGCAGGUUCUCCAGUACAAACCCGACCCCGCGGUGCCUGGCGACCUCCGCGUGUUUGUGUUGAUCGACGGCAAGGUCCAGAGCUUUACGGUACACGUGCCCAAGACGGUGUACGUCAGUUUCCGCUCAGACGUGUUGCCCGACGCGGAGAUCCCGCAGUGCGAGGUGGAAAAGUCCGAGGCGCUCCUCCCCAACGGCCAUGACUCGUCCAACCUCUUCAAGCUCACCAUGGCGGAGACCACCUUCCGCGCCGAGGCACUCCGUGCAGACGGCCUUUUCCAACACGCAAGCGUGCAGGGCUUGUACGAGACGCGUGUGGAUGCGGUGGAACGCGCGAUCAUCGAGUUGGGCGCCGCGGUGGAGUUUGAUCUGUCGCGUGUCGGUGCGUUAGGCCGCGCGUUGAAGCACGGCUUCGACAUGAAGACGCUCAAAGCGGCCGAGCUGGACCGCUACCUCCGGCGCUUUGCCAUGGACACGGUGUAUCUCUUCCAUUGCGUGUCGCACGGGUACGAGGUUUUCGCAGUGUUCCGCUCGUGGGAGGCGCGCGCACACAUGUUUGCGUUGAAGCCACUGGCCGCGGCUGCGCCGUUGCCUGCGGCCACGCGCCUCUACAAGGAGGUGAUUGCCGCGAAGAAGGACAAGCUCGCGGACCUUCUCGUGUACCCUGAGAGUAUGGAGUUUGACAUGCAGUACUUUGGCGAUACGGCCAAGUUGCUCAAGAAGCUCGACGGGUACGUCGGAAAGAUCCACGAGGAACGCAGCACCACCGCACUCUUUGUGGUGCAGUCGCCAGGGCCCGCGCGCGUGGUUGCGGCGCUUGGCGCGCUUGCGGCAUUCCCGGUCGUCCAGAUGGUUUCGCGCGAUGUCGCGCUUCCCGCAGUCGGCUGGGCGCCGAUGCUCCUCACGCGCGUCGCCAGCCACUACCUCCUGCUCGGCGCGUGGCUUCGUCAUCUCCUCGCGCUCGCGCGCACCGGUAACAUCCCCAUGGGCAACCUCCCACCCGCCAACACCGGCUACGUAUUGGACAUUACGUACGCACGGCGCCUCGCGGCCGCGCACGUGGUGCUCUGGUGGUCGCCCACGCCGCUUGCAGACCACGGUGGGGUCGAGAUGGACGAAACCGCGCCGGAUCUCGACGACUUGGGCUUCCCGGGCAUCAACAACCCCGAGAUCUACGAAACGGCCUGUCUCGAAAUCAGCAUCGACAACUUGAACGUCAACGCGAUCCUCGCGUCCGCAUUGCUCAACGAGGCCGAGGGCGCAGACUUGGCGGACCAGGAGUUGGUUUUCGACGACAACCACGGCGCAUCCAGCUUUGCGGACGCGUUCUCCGGGCCCGCGUUGGCGGUGCUCCGCGUGAUGGUCAAGGGCUGGUGGGACGAUGCGGUCGCCGGUCGUGCGCACGCAGAUGCGAUGAUGCACGGCUUUGUCGCGUGGGUCCAGAGCCCAGGCUCCUUCUUGUACGCUCCUGCGUUGCACUACCACGUGCACAAUUUGGUGCGCAAGGUGCUCUUCCAGUUGUUUGCGGAGUUCCGCAAGAUGGGCGCCGCGGUGGUGUUUGCGAACCGCAACAAAAUCGUGCUCGCCACGUCCAAAGUCUCGGUCGAGAACUCGUACGCGUACGGGCAGUACAUUGUGAAAGCAGCACGGGCAAAGCCCAUGUUCAACUACUUGGACUUGGAGAUUGUGCGCUACUGGGACUUGCUCAUCUGGAUGGACGAACACAACUUUGGCGGGCGCGCGUGCGCGGAGAUCACCAGCGAUGCGGCGCAGUUGGUGCCGUACGCGCGCUGGCACAUCAAGAACUUCUUGCCAGGGGUAUUGCAGCCAGAGUUUGACGAUUGGGUGGUGAUCUUUAUGGACGCGUUGGUGCGCGCAAAGGGUGUGGGGAACCUUUCGCAGUCCCCCGCGCGCGCGACGCAGAUCACGCAGCUUAUGAAGCUCCGUCACCCGACGGAAGAAGAUGCUGACAGCGCUACCUCCGGUGUCUGCGAGAUGUUCCGCAAGCCCCUCGAGAAACGCGUGGUGCAACUCAUCCGCCGCCAGGCCGAGGCAUACCUCGACCCGACUCUCCGCGCUGAGUACGCGUUCCCGCAUCUCGCGGGCUCCACGCGUGCCAUGAAGAACCCGACGCUCGAGCUUGUCAAGUUCCUCGCGCAAGUGUUUGCCCUCUCGCAGAAGCGCAAUAUCGAGGUGCGCUUGUUGCGCCGCGACUUGCUCAAGUUGUUUGAGAUUCGCGAGUUCAGCAAGGAAGCCACGUUUGCCGACCCCAGCGCAUCCUUGGUCAUGGGCCAGGUUGUGUGUGCGCACUGCAGCCACACUCGCGAUCUUGACUUCUGCCGCGACGACGAACGCGUCCUCUGGAGCUGCGACCGCUGCGACAAGCCGUACAACCGUAUCGCCUUGGAGGAGCGCUUGGUCGCUGACUUUACCAAACUGUUGAGCUUGUACUUCGCCCAGGACCUCAAGUGUGCCAAGUGCCACGGUGUCCGCCGCCGCGAGAUCUCCGACUACUGCGAGUGCUCCGGUGCGUGGACUGAAACCAUGCCGCACGACGCACUCAUUGCGCGUGCGGAAGUCUACAAGAACGUUGCCGUCGCGUACAACUUGAAGUUGUUGCUCGGGGUGUUGGACGAGCUUUUGUAG